AAUGUGUUUAAAGGAAAAUAGCGUUACCUUGUCUAAUGCAAAUUUUAAGGUGUGACAUUUUUAGCAAGUGAUGGCUUCCUUCUAGUUGGUAUUGAGAUUUCAAUGCUGUUUGUAGUGCAGUGAUAUAUUGUAAUUAUAUUAGUUACUGAAAUUAUGGGACAUAAAUUGAUAAGUGUUAUUGUUAUUUGCUGGUGCUGUAGCGUUGUGUAUUGUGCAGUUUUCAAAAGAUCGAUAUGUCCUUCAAAUGAGAUGCAAGUAGAGUGUUUCCACUGCGGACCCAAGAGUUGUGAUCAGCUGGGAUUCCCCUCACCAUGUGGCGGCAGCAGCUUGUGCAGGUCCCGAUGCGUGUGUAUUGACGGCUUCGUGAGGAAUGAAGACGGCCUGUGUAUACCGAAAAUGGAGUGCCCAUCAUGUGGUGGGGAUAGAAACGCGACCUCUGGCUGCAGCAACCACUGCGGGAACUCAUGUUCUGACUACCAGGAUACCAAUAAAUCCUGUCUCUCUGGCUGCCACUACAACGGGUGUGACUGCAAGCCAGGCUACGUGUUUCACGAGAAACUAGGCCACUGCGUCCUACCGGUCGAUUGCUAAUUACCGCCUCUUCAACGUGAUUCAAGGAACAAAACGCGAUUAAUUUUGAAUAAAUUUAUGGACCAAAUAAAACCAUUUUUGUACGUUU